AUGCCUGUAUUUUACUCGCCUGUUCCCGAGAACCUGCAGAUGGGUCUGGCCUACAUGGGAGGUUCUGUGUUCACCAACAACAGGACGGGAGAUAGUGACUUCAUCAGGGAGCAGGAGGAUGUUUCUGUGGUCAACGAGCUGGUUUCUCACCUUCCCCUUCAGAUGCUCCUGUACUUCAACAUGUUUUAUUUUCCCUGUUGGUGGUUUGCAGCGGUUUUCAUGUUGGAAGUAAAGUUCUAUUAUCUGCCUGGGUACUACCAGGCUCUUCUCAUAACCGGGAUGAUCCUCUUCACAGUCAUUGAAGUGGUCCGACUUUAUCUGGGCUACAUUGGCAACCUUGAAGAAAAGACGCCAGAGCUGGCAGCCUUCUGGCUCCUCUCUUUUAUGUUCCAGCUGCCAGUACUGCUGUUCUUCCUGACCGAUGAAGGAAUUAUCAUCCUGCCUCUGGAGAGAGCUGUCCACUCCCUCUACCUCUUCUUCCUGCUUGCCCAGAUCCUGGCCUCCUUCCUGGCUCUCAGGACCAUGACCCAAAAGCUCACCCUCCUCUUCCAUCUGCGCCAGUUUGGCAAGGUGGACAACUUCCGCCAUACAAGAAUGAAUCCUGCACAUGGGCUGCCCUACCACCGCAGUGUACUGCCCAUGUCACCCACUCGUGAGAUGAACCAUUAA